GGGCGUUCACGUGCAACUUCAGGCAUGGCUUGAGUGUUUGACUUGUUCCCCCACCUCUGUAGAGAACUGCAGCUCAGUUCUAGUCAACGUCAAAUUUCACUGCCAGCAACUUGGUCUUAUUGUCCCAAAAGAUUAGCCAUGUCAACGACGUCUCGUUCUCUUGGAGACUGGCAGGUCCUAUUUGCUCGAAUGUGUAGCUCCGGUAUCAUCGCAGGAAUUCACUCUGUCACCUUUCAGCCUACUCCUGGGUCUACGAAUGAAGACCGAUUCGUCGUGAGAGAAUGGCUGAUAGAAGGCCAGUCGUGGAAGUUCCUCGCCGUUUUCGACGGACACGGAGGAGAAUAUACUGCUGAGUACGGUGCUGGCAAUCUUCCGGAAAGGAUAGAGAGAGAAUUGCGUAAAGUGCUCUCAGAAUGUCAAAACCGAUCUCGGAAAACUCUCAUAACCCGGAUAAACAAGCUCUUAUUUUGGAGAAUCUACUACUUCGACAGCGAAAUUGUUGCUCUUUUGAACGAAGAACGAGACAACCUGUGGGUGGCUGGACUCGGUGAUUCGACUGUCGCACUCGCUUUUAAGGACGAAGAUGGUCUAGGAGAAGGCGAAAGACUUCUAACAUUCCACAGUACGCAUACUCCCAAGGAAUACUGUAGCAUAGUUAUGCUCCAUCCUUCAUCGGAAAAGGACACCAUCAUGAAAGACGACAGGCUGUUAGGUACUCUGCUUCCCACUCGAGGUCUAGGAGACCAUGCUCUAAAGUUCAAGUCUAUCUUUUCGACAAAGCUAUUCUUCAAGCUGCCUACCGAGACAAGAACCCAGCGCUAUCUCGACGGGGCCCAACACUACAAUAAAACGCCACCAUAUGUCAUGAAUGCCGCCAACACCCGCUUCAUCGACCUUGCACCGCUUCGGCAUCGUAAACCCACUCUAGUUCUAUUCACAGAUGGUGUCGAUAUCAUCGUAGAUGGCAAGACGAACGUAGAUAAGGAUCUCGAAGGUCUGAAAAGGUCGGAACCUGCCGCUGUCGUUGGAAAACUCUUAGGCAAUCGCAUCGAUGACUCUUAUGCCCAGGAGACGCUCGAACACGGCGUCGAGGUCAAUUGGAUGGGUGAAAACGGUAACAGAGCUACAGAGUUACUGGGAAAUUUGAUGGCGGGGACUUCAACGGAAACUUUCGCCAAAUUUCUUGGACCUGCAGAGCGUGGGGAAUGGGAUGAGAAGCUUUACUUCGAUGACACAACGAUUCUCGUUUACGGCCUCACUUCUACUCUAUGAAUGUUACUCCUCGGUACUAGUGUAUACCUGUCCUAUUCGUUACCCAAUAUAAUCCGUCCGGCUAGCACUGGCGGCC